UAAUUAUUUCAUCCGCCCUUCUAAAAAUUUUUCCUAUUGGGAGGCCAUCUCUCCUAAAACCCUAGCCGACCCUCCGAAAGCGAAGGAAGAUAUGGGCAGCGAUAGCGAGACGGAGAAGACAACAAAGGAGAAGAAGAAGCUGAUCUUGCUCGCGCCGAUAGCCAAACCCAUCGCUGGAAAGAAACUCUGUAAACGAACCCACAAGCUUGUACGCAGUGCUACUAAAGCCAAAUGCGUGAGGAGAGGAGUGAAGGAAGUGGUUAAAAGCAUCCGCCGUGGUCAUAAAGGGUUGUGUGUAAUUGCUGGAAAUAUUUCACCUAUUGAUGUAAUCACACAUGUCCCCAUAUUGUGCGAGGAAGCCGAUAUUCCAUAUAUUUAUGUGCCUUCAAAGGAGGAUCUCGCCACCGCCGGAGAAACUAAGAGGCCAACAUGCUGCAUACUGGUGCUGACAAAGCCAGUCAAGGGGGAGCUGGACCAAGAGGUGCAGGAGAAGCUUAGAACUGAAUAUGAACAGGUUGUUUCUGAGGUGAAACAAUUGGCAUCGUCUCUUUACUAAAUUCUGAGCAGAAUGGAGUUGAGCCAAACUUAUCUUACGGUGCCUAGUUGUAGCAUGCAGAGAAGCUGAAAUGGUGAGAGUAGAAUAUGAUCAGGCUGCGUCAAAGUGAGUUGAUGCUAUUUCUCUACUAGCAAUUUAGUGGCAUAAUCGAUGGAAGGAAAGCUUGUAUUUCGUAGUUGUAAUUUUUAUUGAUGUUAAUUUUAUAUGAAUUUUGAGGACCACUAACAAUGUGCGUAUUUAAUAAUGCAUCUUUUUUUUUUUUUUUUGUAAUGGAAAAAUAGAUCAACUAGUACUAUGGGUACAUGAGUGCAAUUUCUGUA